AUGCCUAUUGACUAUCAACCAAACUUUAAGCCUUAUAAGUAUAUCUUCUCUGUGAUAGAGGUUAUUACAUGCAAGGCAGCCAUCGCCUGGGAAACAGGCAAUCCCCUUUGCAUUGAAGAAGUUGAAGUGUCUCCCCCUAAGGCUCAUGAAGUUCGAAUUCAGGUAAUCGCCAUGUGUGUGUGCCCCACUGACAUCAACGCUACCAAUCCUAAGAAGAAAGCUCUCUUUCCUGUAGUCCUUGGCCAUGAGUGUGCUGGAAUUGUAGAAAGUGUUGGGCCAGGAGUGACCAACUUCAAACCAGGUGACAAAGUAAUUCCAUUCUUUGCACCUCAGUGUAAAAAGUGCAAGUUCUGUCUGAGUCCUCUUACAAACCUCUGUGGGAAACUCCGGAACUUUAAAUGCCCCAAUAUUGAUCAAGAGCUCAUGGAAGACAGAACAAGUAGAUUUACCUGCAAAGGAAAACCAAUUUAUCAUUUCAUGGGAGUCAGUUCAUUCUCUCAAUACACUGUAGUUAAAGAAGCCAAUCUUGCCAGGGUCGAUGACGAGGCAAAUUUGGAGAGAGUUUGUCUGAUUGGAUGUGGGUUCUCAUCGGGCUAUGGGGCUGCCAUCAACACUGCCAAGGUCACCCCUGGUUCCACCUGCGCUGUCUUCGGCCUGGGCUGUGUAGGUCUUUCUGCUGUAAUUGGGUGUAAAACAGUAGAAGCUUCCAGAAUCAUCGCUAUUGACAUCAACUGUGAGAAAUUUCCAAAAGCUAAGGCCCUGGGAGCCACUGACUGCCUUAACCCUAAGGACCUAGAUAAACCUGUCCAGGAUGUCAUCACUGAACUGACCAACGGAGGUGUGGAUUUCUCCCUUGACUGUGCAGGAACAGCUCUGACCCUGUCCAUCAUUGAACGAAGCCAGGAAAAGCUCACAAUAAAUGGGCAGGAACCUGAGGCAGGUGAUGACGAGGAAAUGGGCAAUGUGAAGCCAAACAAAGAUUUUU